AUCUAGACAAGGUCCAUACUCCGGAGUUCAGACAGCAUCGCAAGCCGCACUCCAUUCACGUCAUACAUGCGAAGAGCCGAUCGACUGCAGAUCACAUCGUUGGGCAGACGGGUCACCUGCUUACUGGGGCCGGCCCCUUGACUCCGCGCCCGCGCACUACCGGAAUAUGCCUCUAUCUCGGAGAAAGUCCUGUCAGGCCUGCCGAGUUGCCAAGGCCCGGUGUUCACGGACCAGCCCUUGCAGCAGAUGCCAGAUGCGACAUGAAUCUUGCGACUACGGCGAUUCGGUCGCAGGAUGGCGGGGUACUCGGCAUCAGCCACAGGCCAUGGCGUCUGCUUCAACGCACAGCCCUGGGGACUCUGAACUGUUGGAUGGACACGCUGCUCUUUACCGAAAUCAAGCAGCUAAUGGAACCGAGAGCGGCCCGACUGAAGUCACCACAGGAUUGCCCGACCCCCAUGGCUUGACCACGGACACCGAGGCCGGCGAGAAUGUCCUUCCAUGGCUACCUUGGUCGUACGCUGACAGCCUUGACCAACUCGAUGCUCAAUCUUAUGAAAAAUUGCGGCCAGUCAUCGAGAAGACGAAGCCUCACUUAUCGUUUCUCAACAGCGCGGGCAGCGCUCCCCGGAUGCGACUACCAUACACUUCGCAUCAUGCCAACCACAGCAUCUCCUUCUCAUCUUCCAAUGACUCCACUAUGAACCUCAGUGUCUCUUCCUUAACAUCCAAGGUUCUGAUUUCUCAAUUGUUGUCCUACCCGGGCAUGAUGCUCGGGAAUCAGCUGCCGCCGUUCAUCUUUCCGUCUUGCACGCUGGGAGAAUCUUGCACUGGGGCUCGCGGCCACCAGUGUCUACCAACGUCGUUGGCCAUUUGCCGUGCUAUCGUUUCCAUGUUUGAUACCAUGACGCCGUCGAAUCAAGAGUUCAUCUGGAGUACUGUCUGCAGAGAAGCGGAGAGGCUCCGCCGCGAGUCGUCUACAGAUCGUUUCCAAUUACUUGGUAACCUUCAGUCUUGCAUGAUAUACAUGCUGCUGUGCGCAAAGUACCUGCAGCAAAUUGGCGCGGCCAAAGCGCUGGGCGUUGUCAGUGCUACCAGGGUCCUGGGCAAGCGAUUGAAUGCCCUUUACGAUUAUACAUCUGGUGCUUCGAGUGCUCGGAUAGCAAACAGACACGACUGGAUAUUCAUAGAGAGUGCCAGAAGAACAAUUUGCGUACUCUACGGUAUCGACUUACUAUUUGAUGUGUUUUCAGAGGGCCUGGAGAGGUGCCAUGGCUACCUCCUCGUUCCGCUUCCCUGUAAGCGAGACCUGUGGGAGCCCGUGUCUGAUCAGGUCUGGAAGACGCGGUACAGACAUUCGAUGUCGGGCCAUGGAGGAAACUCUAGAGAUGUUCUACGGAUCGGCGCAUUGAGAGCUUCACAGGAUCCAUCAGUAACGGUGUCCGAAAGCGGCGGGAAUUCCCCUUGUUCCUGCGAUAUGUCGAAGGUUUCGGAUUGGUGUGAGGGCGCUGACGAACUGGGGACGUUGAUAUGGAUGGCAGUAAUGCUGGAGCGUGGGAAAUAACAAAAAAACACUGCUUGGUAGAUGGCGCAACCGUUCAUUCAGUUGUUGCCAGGUGGCGACAAAGCGCAUGUCGG